AUGCUCGCUGUGUACACUGGCCUAUGUUCCCUUUGCUCACGUCCUUCGUCCACAUUAGGCUCGAAUCUCCAAGCCCUCCUCGACGCCUCAGGUACCCCUCGUCUGCCCAAUGCCCAAGUCACCUUUGUCCUCUCCUCGCGGUCCAACGCCUAUGGUCUGACUCGAGCCCAAAAUCAAUCCAUCCCCACAUCCGUUUGCGCUCUCAAGACCUAUCUCAACCGUCAUCCUGGAGCAACAAGGGAAGAUUAUGACGCCGAAGUUGCCAGACUAGUCGUCGAGAGCAAACCCGACCUUGUCGUGCUCGCUGGUUGGAUGCACAUCUUGUCCGACCGGUUCCUCGACAUUGUUAAUGUUCCCUGCAUCAACCUUCAUCCUGCUCUGCCCGGAGCUUUCGACGGAGCACAGGCGAUAGAAAGAGCUUACGAAGCCUUCAAGCGAGGAGACAUACAUCAUACUGGGGUCAUGGUCCAUAGAGUCAUCAAAGAGGUCGACCGGGGGGAGCCUUUGGUCGUGCGCCAGGUAGACAUCGGACCCGGUGACUCCCUCGAGGACUUGGAGACCCGCAUCCACAAAGUGGAACACGAAAUCAUUGUUGAAGCAGCUCGUCUCCUCACAUGA